GGUUUGGAGAUUGAUAUAUUCGGAGAAUGUGACUGGGCUUCGAAAAAAUGUCCACGGACAAAUAUGGAAGAGUGCUUGAAAUUGAUCCAAGAGCAGUACUAUUUUUAUCUCUCCUUUGAGAAUUCCUUUAGCGAAGACUACGUGACUGAGAAAUUGCUGACGGCGCUUGAGAACUACGCGGUGCCGGUGGUUUACGGGGGCGCUAACUACACACGAUUCAUGCCAGAUGGUAUUUAUUUGCAUGCUGGUAAACUAAAUGUACCCGAUUUGGCGAAACAAAUGAAUGAUAUCAUAAAAGACAAAGAUAGAUACUACAGUUUCUUCAAAUGGCGAAACCAUUAUUCCUACCACACUAAAGAAAACCUGUGCGUGAUGUGUGCAAUGCUGAACGACGACACUCUGGUCAAGAAGGCAACCGUUGCCAUCUCCUACCAGAGGUCGGCUAUCAUGAGGGAUAAAUGGACUUUAGACACAGCCGCGUGGAAUAAUGAGCGUGUAUAG